GCGCAAUCGCAGAUGAAGAAAGUAAAGCGCGGGCGCGAUGCACCUUCAAUUCGAGCUUUUAGUCCGUCCCCAUGAGAACCUACUCUUUAGUACUUCGGGUGCUACCGGAGCGCAUUACCACGAAGAUCGUUCUUAAAUCAAUUUCUUUUUUUUUUUCUUUUGACGAGAUAAAUAUAGAAUAUAAAUAAUUGUUGUCUCGAUUAGUAAUUAUCACAAAUUGAUUGACACGCGACACAUUUGAUUACAACUCGUGCUUUUUAUUUUUAUUAAUUUACACAUGUGAUCAUACGGUUCAUGAUUACGGACUUUAAACGAUCGAACGAUCAUUUCUCCUCGAUCGGUGAAAGUUCAAUCUCGUCGACCGCAUAUAUCGUUGCGGUGAAAUGUGCAAAAAAAAGAAAUAUCUCUCGAUGUCUGCCUUAAGUUCGAAGACGUAUCAUUUUGAAAAGAGAAACGUGAGGAGGCACGGAUCGUGAUUCGUUCAAAAAAAAAAAGAAAAAACAAAUAAUUGUCAAUUUCGACGCGGGAGAUUAAUAUCUUCAUUGUAAGAUGCAAAGGAUUAUUUAAAAAUGCCUUGCAAUUCCGAAAAGCUCGAAAAUCCAUGAGCAAAGAUGAACGAUAGUCGAAUAUAAAAAAUGGCACCAUUCCACGGCAUGGUCCUACUGUUGCUAGGAAUCGGUUACCUGUUACACGCGGAACCAACUUUCGGUCAUCGCGAUAUAGGAAUAAUCGCGGAAGAUGUUAGAUCGAGUCGCAGAGAUGAUCACCAAUACGCACCAAUUGUAGCACAUUUUUAUGACGAAGAUCUCGACAAGAAGAUGCUCAAGACAUAUCGUACGAAAAGGCACACGUAUUUUUCCGAUGAUCUUACUCAAAACGUGACGGUUGCCGUUGGCCAAUCCGCCGUUUUGUCGUGUCGAGUAGAGAAUUUAGAAAACAGGACCGUAUCUUGGAUGAGGAAAAAAGACGUACGGAUCUUAACAUCUAUGAAGACGACUUAUACCGCCGACAAAAGAUUCGUGAUAAUCGGUAAAUCGCCAAACUGGGACCUUCAAAUAGAUUCCGUACAACCCGAGGAUGCUGGUAUUUAUGAGUGUCAAGUUAAUACCGAGCCAAAGAUGGACAGAGCGGUCAAUUUAAAGGUUUUGGACGUACAAGCCAAAAUCCUUGGUUCCGAAGAGGUAUACGUGAAGAAAGGAAGUAAAAUAAGUUUGACCUGUACCGUCGACAUGCAGGACGUCCCACCGAGCAACGUGACUUGGUAUCACGCUGGUUCGAUCAUCGAUUUUGAUAGUCCAAGGGGUGGCGUUUCUCUGGAAACUGAAAAGGGCAAGAGUUUUACCAAAAGCAUGCUGGUAAUAACACGCGCGUUACUCAACGACAGCGGCAAUUACACGUGCUUCUCAAACAAGGCUGCACCAGCUAGCGUGGUGGUUCACGUGUUGAACGGGGAACAUCCUGCGGCGAUGCAACACGGAGGGAGCGACAGUGUCAACAGAAGGAUAAUCUUGUUCCUUGCGAUCGUUAUUCCGAUCGUGAUAUUUCGAUGCAAACUAGUGAUACAAGUGACCAUCGUCCAACGUAUACGGCAAAGUGUACAUUCCGCUUUUCAGUGCCUGUGGGAUGCAGAACGUGACAAUUACUCGUACCACGUUUUCGAAAAUUCUCAUAUAUACGCGUGGUGCUGCGUAUUCGAACCAGUUAACGAUCAAUUAAGCUGAAAGAGCAAAUACAAAGGAAAAAUUAUAUAUCAACGUUCGGUUAUCAUCAUGAAAGGCAAGUUGCUGAAGAAACUUAACGCUUAAUUAAAUUAUCGUAUAUAUUCGCGAGGGUACUU